CUCAUUUUAUCUUUUAACUCUUUUCUAAUAUCGUAAGUCUUUCAUAAUCGCAUCACAGAUCUUUUGUUAUAUAAAUAGAGGGAGAUUGCGGGUUGCAGUCGGUAUAAUCCAAUCAUCGCAUCUAUAAAUAGGGGAACACGGUAUGGAUUAUACCAUCUAAAGUGUCCUGACCCCGUACUCCACGCCUAGCUGACGGUCGUCUACCUUAUUCGAUUUCCAUUAAGCCCCAAUAGGGCAUUGAGAUUUGAAAAUCCGAUUUAGAGUUUUAAUUUUACUUUUCAUUUCACUGACAUGUUUGUAUAAACCCUAAAAUUUAUAUUCAUAAAACCCACACAAAAUAUCAACUCCCCUCCUCCUUUCUUUCUCCAUUGUGAUGCUCAAUUUGAAUACAAAAAACGAAAGCCCUUUAAAUACUACUAAUUCCAUACUUGCAUUUAAACCUCGCCAAGUUAUUCUUUCUGCUCUUCAUCAUCAUCAUCAAAAUCCAAAACCCACACCAACUAUGAAUCUUGUUUCUAAUGAAUCCAAAUGCACAAAUUUAACCCCUGAAAUUAAAGUCAAGCUUGAUGCUUUAAUACUUAAUUACCUUAAUCGUAAUGGGUUUAACAAAACCCUUAAACGGUUUCGGUCAGAAGCUGGUAUUGAGACUGAUACCUGGAAGGCUUCUUCACUCCAUUUGGAGGACAUAUUCUGCAAAUAUAAUGCCUGGAGGUUGUGAACACUUGAGUAUAACCACCACCAAGUGGUCUGGUGGCACGGAGUCUUGUUCCUUACAAAGAAGUCUCAGAUUUGAAUCCUGCCUUAGGCAAAUCUCUUGGUGGUGGCCAGGAAAAUGGCUGGGACUGGCCACAGGCAAAAAUACAAAAGAACAGUUAGGCCGGUACAUGCGAGUCAAAAGAUGGUUCACAAUCCCCUGCAAUGCUGAUGGUAGUAAGAACACCAGCAAGAAACCAGUGUUUGGACAAGAUAAGCCUAUUGAUUAUGACAACGUAUACCCGACCAAUGAGGAACCUACCACCAAGAAAAAGAAGAAAAAGGGCACCACUGAGAGUGAAAACGGUGGUAUUGUAGAUCACUCAGAAGUCAUAGAUACAAAGAUGGUUGAAUCUGAUACAAAGAGAGUUGAAGAACCAGAAUUAAAACCGAAAAAGAAGAAAACCAAACAUGAUUUGUGUUCUUCUGGUCUAGCUGAAGUGAAAAUGGAUACAGCAAAUGAAUCGAAAAUAGAUGAUUCAACCAAGAAAACCAAGGAAAAGAAGAUUACAAUUAUGCAAGAAGAUAAAUUAAUGCCGUCUACGUCUAAUGAUAAUGAAAUAGCAACUGAUGACGGAGAAAAAGAGAGAAAAAUUAAGAAAAAGAAGUCAACCACCGAUGGUGCCGUCAAAGAUACAAAGAUGGUUGAAUCUGAUACAAAGAAAGUUGAAGAACCAGAAUUGAAACCGAAAAAGAAGAAAACCAAACAUGAUUUGUAUUCUUCUAGUCAAGCUGAAGUGAAAAUGGAUAUGACAAAUGAAUUGAAAUUAGAUGAUUUAACCAAGAAAACAACGGAAAAGAAGAAAACAAGUAUGCAAGAAGAUAAAUUAAUGCCUUCUACGUCUAAUGAUAAUGAGGUAGCAACUGAUGUCGGAGAAAAAGAGAGAAAAAAUAAGAAAAAGAAGUCUGGUGCCGUCAAAGAUGCAGAAGCAGACAUAGUGAAAAUGGAUGCUGGAAGUGAAAAUAUGUCUAGUAAAGAAAAGAAGAGCUCUAAGAAAAGAAAAAGAGAUGAAAAUGAAAAUUCAUCUAAUGAGGUGACAAUAAGUGAAGAAUCCAAGUGCCAAAAGACCCAAACUUUCAAAGAAGAAAAAAGCAAGAAGGAAGAAAUUAAUUUACAAGAAACUUCUAAAAAUCAGCUUGAUGGACAAUCAAAUGGGAAACUCGAGACAAAUGGAGGAGAAAUAUCUAUUGCUAAGAAAUCCACCAAAAAACAACGAAAUGUUACAAAUGAGCCAAAGACGGUUAAUGCAUUUCAAAGGGUGAAAGUUGAUCAAGUUGAAUUUGCUGACGAGAAACUGCAAGAUAAUUCUUAUUGGGCUAAGGAUGGGGCAGAUAUCGGUUAUGGUGCCAAGGCACAAGAGGUUCUAGGUCAAGUGAGAGGGAGGGACUUUCGGCAUGAGAAGACAAAAAAGAAGCGUGGAAGCUACAGAGGAGGUUCAAUUGAUUUACAAUCACACUCUAUAAAGUUCAAUUAUUCUGACGGAGAGUGAAUCUUAAUGUCUCAUUUUCUUGCAAAUUCGAUCAGUCAUUUGUAAGGACCAAAUGAUAUGAAAAUGAGUUUCUUUGAAAAAGGAUGCUACCAUGUUUUGCAUUGGCGAUAUUGAUGACUAUACUUCCCGUUAACAAUUUCACUAAAAACUUUUCCUUAAUUUUCUUGCCUUACUGA